GCCUCUCCUUGAGCUUCCUCCGUUGAUUCGAUGACCCGCGCAUCCUCUUCGUGCGGAUAUGAACAACGAAGAUGUGAAGUCCGCCACCUCUCCAGACAAUCGAGCAGGUCGCCCACGAACACUCAAAGGCGGUGGCACCCAGCAUCUACUUCCCAAGGUACCCCUCGAGAUAUCAGACUUGAUCAUCGACGAACUGGGGUCUACAUACCAGCGCUCGACCCUCGCCGCAUGUGCUCUGACAUGUCGCGACUGGCUCCAUCGCAGCCGCUAUCACAUUCACGCCGCCGUCCGGAUAGAUUGCACCAGUAAUCUCCCACGCCUCACCGAGCUGUACUCGCCGGCAUGGGGACUUGCGGGGUAUGUGCGCAGCCUAAGCAUUGACGCAUGCGAUGUACUGGGCGAUGGGCUCCCGGCACCACACCCGUGGAUUGACAACGCGCGCGACUUGUUGAGGCUAUUGACCAAGAUCGAGCGGCUCUCGCUGGACGCGAUCAUCUGGCAGGAUCUGGGAGCGGAGAUCCAGGCGCUACUUCUCAAUCACUAUCCCCUCGUCAAGGACCUGUGGAUGUCGACAUGCGACUUUAGGAGACCUUCGCAGCUAGUCAGCCUUCUGCAGGCCUUUCCUCGGAUCGAAUGCGUGCGCAUGGAGGCGAUGGCGAUGGUAAGCAUGGAGGAGACGAUAGUGGUGCAGGACGGAUCGAGAAAGGAGCUGCGCCUGCAGUGGUUGGACGUCGGAGAUCUCUGCACGAUGCCGAGCAUCGUGGCAAGGUGGGCGAGGAGUUACGAGCACAUCGCGAUUGAGAACAUGCAUUUCUCGUGGGGUUGCGAGGAUCCGGCCGAACUGGGACAACUCCUCGAGCGCGCUGGGCCAUCUUUGAAAACUCUUUCGAUCACGAUGGACAACCGCAUUCCGGAUGCGCUCGCGGAUAAGGGUCCGCUCAAUCAGUUCCUCAAUCUGGGCUACAACUCGGGCCUGAGGUCAUUGCGGCUUCUGCUUCGCCUAGAACCUUUUGAAGUCGAAGAUCUGUCGUGGAUUUCGGAUCUCAUCGGACCUAUUUCCUCAACUCAGCUGAGGCAUGUUGCGAUCUACAUGGAAGUGCUCGUGGAUGACCAGCUUGAUCGUAUCAAAUGGGAUGUGAUUGAUUCUGCCCUCGCCAGCGAACAGCUGAGCAGCCUCCAGAAGGUCGAGCUGGGCAUUUUGCAGCGUCGCAAGUAUGGCGAACCGGUGGACGACUCUCAAGAGGACCGGGUAAAGAAUAGGGUCACGAAGAAGCUGCCGAAACUUGCAGCGCGGCCGAUCUUCGAGGUGACAUACCAGGACGCAUGAUACGGAGCAGGGAGCUUGUGUAAGUGUGAGCUACGUGUGUGCGACAGCGUGUGCCUGUGAAAGGCCCAGCUGCACUGGGCUGACCCUUUCAGAGGACAUUUGGCGCCAUGCAGCAACGCUCAUACUGAUGUGGCGUCAUAGGGGAGGAUACGUUACAGUACAUUAGGGGGAUUUUAACACCGUGUGGUAUCGCAGGACGCUUCAGUAUAAAGAUUUCCGAAGCCAAUAAGGAUACUCUCAUUCCUUGCAA